GGAUAAGCCUAAUAGGAUAUAGGAAUUGAAUCCCUGUUAUAAAAGUGUUGGCUAGGGAUUAGGAGGUGUCAUUUCGAGGCAGCCACAGAAUGGAGGCGUUCGGUGGGGCCAACAAUUGUCCUAACGGAACGGUUUGGGGUCCACAAGCCAGCUUCAGGACUGCUCAGAGGUCACUGAUAUGGAAUGUGCCAACAGACGAACUUGCCAACAUUCCAGAGCAUUGGUUCAACUAUCCAGAGCCGGAUCCCAUGUACAACUAUGUGCUCGGACUUCUCUACGUCUUCUUCAUGUUUUUUAGCCUUAUCGGAAAUGGACUCGUCAUAUGGAUAUUCUGUUCAGCUAAGAGCCUGCGCACACCGUCGAACAUGUUCGUGGUGAACCUGGCGCUGUGUGAUUUCAUGAUGAUGGUGAAGACGCCGAUCUUCAUCUACAACUCGUUCAACCUCGGCUUCGCAACGGGCCACCUCGGCUGUCAUCUUGCUACCAUUGGAUCGUUUUCUGGAAUCGGUGCCAGCGCUACCAAUGCCGCCAUUGCGUAUGACCGUUACAAUGUGAUCGCUAAGCCUUUGGAUGGAAGAAUGAGCAAGGGAAAGGCUUUUCUCAUCAUACUACUCAUUUGGGCCUAUGUCACUCCGUGGUCACUGAUGCCCCUCUACGGAGUCUGGAGUAGAUUUGUGCCAGAGGGCUACCUGACUAGCUGCUCUUUUGACUACUUGACCAAGAGCGAAAGUAUCCAGUAUUGGGUUGGGACCAUGUUUGUGAUUUGCUACUGCAUCCCGAUGUCACUGAUCAUCUACUACUACUCUCAAAUCGUCAGCCAUGUUGUCAACCACGAGAAGGCUCUACGGGAACAAGCGAAAAAGAUGAACGUGGACUCUCUACGCAGUAACCAGGCUCAACAGAAUCAGUCAGCAGAAGUUCGAAUCGCCAAGGUUGCAAUCACCAUCUGUUUCCUGUUUGUUGCUUCAUGGACUCCCUAUGCUGUGGUCGCAAUGAUCGGUGCUUUUGGAAAUCAGUAAGUUCCUAUAAAUAUA